CUAGAAUCAAAGGUAGUAAACAGGCUAGUUUCACUCCCUCUUUAGACUAUAAAAAUGAUUAAGAUAGUACUUCCUCGAUUCCCAAUCCGAGAACUAGAGUUCUAUCCGAGUUAAAUUUUUCUCAUUGGACCAAGAUAGGUUGUUGACACUACCAGUGUGAGCAGCCUUAAUUCCACUUUUCAGUUUGACAUCGAACAAUGCACGCAUAGCAUUAAAAUAAUUGAAUCCCACUAUCACCAGAAAGCGUUUCAAGCAUGCCUUUCCAGCCCUUGACCAUUACUGCUGGCCAAAAUCCCCUUGUUCAAUUCGACGGCUUAAUCACCACCUACUUCCUGGACACUCCUCCAGGAACUGCAUUCCAGAUCAAACAAAUCUAUAAACCACUACCGAAAGACCUAAAGACCAGGAGUGAAGCGGCAAAUGCCUACCGUGGACCACCGAGGCAUUUCCACCCCAAUCAGACUGAGCGGUUCAAGGUCGUUAAGGGCCGUGUGGGCAUUGAGGUCAAUGGGAAGACCUCUGUAUUGGGGCCAGAGGGAGGUGUUGCCGUAUGCCUUGCGGGGAAUAUUCAUCGGUUUUAUGUAGAUGUAUCCCAGGAUGACAAUGGCGACGUUAGUGGUGAGAAAACAAUCUCAAAUGGUCAGAAAAGAAGGGGAAAGGGAGACGAUGAUGUUGACAACGAAGAGACCAUUAUUUUGAUCAAUAUCACAGAUAGUGGCAAAGAUCUUGCUAUGGACCGAGUCCUUCUCGAGAAUUGGUAUGGACUGAGACACGAUAGUUUGAAAUAUGGCAAGGGAAUCGAUUACAUCCAACAAUGCUGCACAUUUGAUGCGGGUGCUCACUACUUACCUUUCCCAGAUACUCUACCUAACUUCGUUCCUGAAAAUUGGUCUCUCAGGAUUCGAACUUUUCUGGGAUACUGGAUUACGAUUCUUGUCGGUCGUUGGAUUGGAGGUUUGCUCGGUUAUCAACCAUUCUUUAGAGAGUACACAACCGAUUGGGAGUACGCACAUGCCAAGAUGCGUCAUACCUGGUUUUAUAAAAAAAAUCUCGAGGUUGCUUACAGGCAUCGCACUCCGUGGGCGGAAUUAGAGAAACUUGAUUCUUGGAGCAACGAAAGGGCAUCUCGCAUGGACACUGUCAACGACUUCGAGCAAUUGACAAAUGGCAUCAGAGCUGAAAAACAUGGUACCAAUGAAGAGGCGAUUGAGACAUAGGUUAUAUUGUUUAGGGACUAAAUGGCCCCUACUCGAAGCUACAGCACCGUACUAGAAGAAUGUCUGUUUACCCAACAGAGUGAGGUUUUGGGUAGGAUUAGUUACAAACAAUGGCUAUCCUGUGUAUCGCAAUCGAAGAUUUUUCUCCUCAUUCCCUUCAUUAAUCCUGUCAGGAUCCAUACAACAUUAGUGAUGACCGCUAGACAUGCAAGUAUUACCUCAUUUUCUCGUAUAUGUCCGGAGGUGGGAACAAAAAAAUUUUGCUCGUAUACGUUUCUUGGUUUCCUUGGCGUGUUAUAUCAUGAUA